AUUUUUGCAGUUGUCUUGUUACCACUUCCCAUCUCUUUUGAAGUAGCGCGGUAUAAGGCCGCUUAUUGCUGAAAAUACGAAGUGGUUUCUGCCUUUCUGUGGCUGGAUGCAAAAGCCCACUGUCGAAACUAAGAACCGAGUUCUUCUCCCGCCAAUUUCAUCAACUAAACUUCUUCUGCUUUGACAGAAACACAACCCUGACCAUUGUUUUUUAGCUUUCAGGGUCUUCAUUGACUAGAAUAGACCAUAGAACCACCUUUUCUGGGAUGAUUUCCUCAACGCUUUAAAGCACUAGCCCAACUAUGGCAACGACAAAGCCCAGGACAAGCAGCUUCUCACGCAACUUUUCUUCUGCUCAUUCAUCUAAGACUCCAGGACUUAAACAUGGUCCCAAUGGCACCACAUUCAUAUCAUCCGGAAUACCAGACCUUGACAAGAUUCUUUGUGGUGGGUUUCCUUUGGGAAGCUUGGUCUUGGUGAUGGAAGAUGCAGAAGCUCCUCAUCACAUGCUUUUAUUGCGGAAUUUCAUGUCUCAGGGACUUGUUCACAACCAACCUCUUCUUUAUGCUAGUCCAUCCAGAGACCCAAGAGGAUUCUUGGGUACUUUGCCCAGCCCAGGGACAUCAAAAGAUGACAAAUCUCGUGAUAAUUCUACUGAACAGGAGAAGGGCUUGAGGAUUGCUUGGCAAUAUAAGAAGUAUUUUGGAGAUGAUCAAGAGAGCGCCAAUGCCAUUGAUAGUAAAUACGAGUUUUGCAAUGACUUUGAUUUGCGAAGGCCAUUUGACAGACAUUUUUUCUGCGGAAAGCAUGUGGAAUGUGUCAGUAUUCUAGACUCUUCUAGUCUUUCUACAUUUCCUGAAUGUUGUGCCACAUUCCUAUCACAAGUUCCAAGAAAUGAUGGUAAUAUAUCCUCUGCUGGCCGUAUUGCUAUUCAAUCAUUAUGUGCUCCACAAUGUGAUCACUCCAACAUGGAAUGGAAAAUGCUUUCCUUUUUAAGGUCUCUGAAAAGCAUGCUAAGGUCCUCAAAUGCAGUAGCUGUAGUGACGUUUCCACCUUCUCUUCUUUCGCCAUCCUUCUCUAAAAGAUGGCAGCACAUGGCAGAUACCUUGCUUUCUGUCAGAGCAAUCCCAGAUGAGGAUAAGGAAUUAGCGAAGCUCCUCACUGGUUACCAAGACAUGGUUGGUCUUCUCAAUGUGCAUAAAGUAGCUCAGAUCAAUACACAGGUUCCAAAGAUUCUUGAAGCCACUACGUUCUCUAUAAAGUUACAAAAGAGAAGGUAUUUAGUUUUAGAAUGCCUUAACCAAGCGCCUAUUGAUGGUUCAAGCGGCAGCUCAUAUGGCUCAACUGGGAGUUGUUCUGGGUCCUCUAAGACAGGUUCUCUCGAGUUUUAGUUUGCUAGUGACAUCAGCAUAAAGAGUUCAAGAGUUGAAUGUUCGAAGUUAAAAUGUUAAGUUUAAUAUGAUGUUUAUUGAUUGUUGAUUAUUUAUAUUUUCUCUCUCUGUUGGCUCGAUUAUUGUAUAAAUAUUCCUUUCAAAUACCUAGAACUAGGAAAAACCUUUUUGUUUAAUUAGUCUUUCUACAAUUUAAGAGAAAGAAAUGGACGAUUGCUUGAACAUCAUUAUCGUCAUAGGACGAUGGUGGUUAUCUAAAGAAAAGUAUGUUAUUUCCUUGUUCAUUGAGCUAUUAGAAAAAAUUGUAAUACUUUAAAGAAUAUAUAUAUAUAUAUAUAUUAAUGGA